GCUAAUUUUUUUUUAUUCCAAAUAGUACUAUAAUGUGUAGUAAAAUAGAUCUGAUUUUUUAUAAAAUUGAUUUUACAUUGAAAAUAUUUAAGACGUUUGACUGUAACAAUGUUUUUCAGUGCGGUAUUAUAUUAUAUUAUUACACUCCAGCUUGUUUUUGUGUUAACAGAUGUAAAUAAGGAUUUUCCACAAAAGCAUAUCCACAAAAAUCUCAAAAUGUUAAAAAAAGACUUCAAUAAAAUUUUAGAAGAUGUUGAAGAUUUUGCCACAGAUUUCUUUUUUCAAGUUCGAGAUAUUGAAAAAUACACACAAGGCUUAGCUAAUAAAGACUAUGACUGGAAUGACGACACGACUUCUAGCACAAAACCAGUGUUCGAACAUACUCUUACACCUCCGGAAACAACGCUGGACGACAGUAAACUGUCUUUGCCUCGGAAAAAACGAUCUGUUCCUACAAUUUCUGAGCCUGAGCAAAAGUUUCAAUCUAUGAAAAAUGCGUUUAAAUCUGCUACUCCUAAUACUAAAUUGGCUGGCCUUAAACAACCAGAAAAUGGGUAUGAAGAAUUUAUCCAAAAGAAGAAAUCCAUUGAGCAAGUCCAAAAAUUCGAUGAUAGUAUUUUGGGUCAAACUAUAGACAAAACAACUGAAUCUACUUUUAAAACAGAUAAAAGUGUUGAAGAUACUGUUUGUCCAACAAAUAAACUCGAAAAACAAAAGCUAGAUGAGUUAAAAACUGAAAUGAAGAAACUAAAUGAAUUAGUGUCUCUUCUAAAAGACCAACAGGAUUUUUUUCGAGGAAUGAACAUAUUAAAUGAAAAGUCUGAUAAUGAUGGAAAUUCAAAAAUUCUUAUUAAAAAAGUUAUAAAUGAAUUAGCGCAGAAAGAAAAUGAUCAAAUGAAAGACGACAAAAGUAGUGAGCUGGGUAAGAUUCAACUGAGUUUGAAUAAUGUAUACCAAAAAUUGAAUAAAACAAGAUUAAUGUUGGAUCACGAACAUGAACAACAAAACGUUAUUGAAAAUGAAUUAAAAAAACAAAUUAAUGAAGUAAUAGGAAUUCAAAAAAUGGUAAACCAUUUAUACAAUAGGAACGUGCAAGAUUGGGAACUAAAACAAAGUAGCAAUCAAGAAAAAGUAGAAGAUUCUCUUCUGGGUUCAGUUCAGAAACCAUUGCCUCCUUUUUUCAACUCACAUACGGAUUUGUUACAUGAUCAAAACUAUCAUAAAAUAGAUAUUUUUGGAAAUUUGGAUAAUAAACAAAAAGUAAGUAUGGUAAACAAAAAUGUACUUGGAGACGAGAAUGACUCUACAGAAUACAAGAAAAGCAAAGAAUCGAUACCUGCAUCGGAUAUCAAAAACAGACAAGUAAAAGAUUUGGAAAAUAUUCUCUCUGAAGAGAAAGUAUCUUCGAAAGCCAGUGCAAUUGAUAACAUUGACGAUUUAAGAACAAAACUAAAACUUAUAGAGAUGUUAAAUAAAGAAGAUAAAAAUACCGAAUUGGACAACACGAAUGAUAAAGUAAACGAAGCAAUAAAAAAAAUACUAUUUCCUGAAAAAAAACCACCUGAAAAAUUGGAUGUCGAUCUAUUAUUGGCUUUAGCACAGUUGAAGAGAAAAGAAAAUGAAAAACCUCAGAAUUCGGUAGAAAAACUUCUUAAAAUUUUAAACACAAAACCUGAAAGUAGAACAGAUACUAAUAUAGAGACAGAAUUGAAACUUUUACAAGAAGCAAUCAACAAACUAAGACCCAAAGAAGAUGCAGAUUUAGAUGGUUUUAUUAACAUUAAUGAUAAAGGCGGCAAAGAUGAUGCAUCUAAUUUUCAGAAUUUACUAUCUGAAAUUAUAAGCAACGGAAUCAAAGAGGAAAACAAUAAAAAGCUUCCUACCCCAGGCCCCGAACCAAGUUUGUCUGCUAAUGUGAUAGCAAAUUUGACACCACAGCAACUACUGCAACUAAAGGAAAGUAUUAAUGGCAAAGAAAAUUGGAACAAUUUUAUGAAGGCAAUGGGUACCAAACAAUUAAUGCCGCAAAGCAUCGACCCGAUGUACGAUUACAAUAAUUUGAAAUAUCAGAAUUAUCCUCCAAGUGCAAUUUCUCCUCAAUUUGGUCCUGCUAUAAUUCCAUAUUCCGUUAAACCAAACUUCUAUGGCUAUCAAACUAGUUUAGAUCCCUCCUCGAAUUAUGGAUUAGUUCAAAAUUAUUACAAUGGCCGACUUAAUCCUAACUUAUUCAACGCCAUUAGUGGAAAUAAUUACAAAUAUCAAUGGCCGUUGUACGAAGGAAAUAAGAAUGUUGACGGAAAUAUGGCUGGAUUAUAUAAAGAUCCAAGCUUCAAAAGUUACGUACCUUACAGUAAUUACGAGUCGUUUCCAAACAAUCCGAAACCUUUCUAUUAUUCUAAUCCAUUAAGCAGUUUUUCUGGUUAUCCAAGUAACAUAGCUGAAGAUGCCGAUAAGCAGUGGAACAGUGCAUAUCAAAAUAAUAAUAGAUAUAUUUAUAAUAGAUAUAAUACUUCUACAAUGAAUCAGAUACCCCCAGCUGGUACGAACACAAACACAAAUUAUGGAAAUCAGUUUUUUCCGAUUUCAGAACAAGCUUACAAUUAUGGACAACCUUUUGAAGGAUAUGCAGAUGACCCAAAAGGUUUUAGCAAACCAAACAUGGUUCAAUCACAGUUUAAUGACCAAAAUACUGACCAAUACAAAACUGGAGUAAUUACGGAUUUAACAAGCCAAAUAGAAAACCUUGAAAAUGUCAUUCAAAACCUCAAUCAGCCCUACACACAAGAAGUAAAAGACAAAAAUACCAUUUGGAAUUUGGAACAAAGGAUUUAUGAUUUAAAAAGUGUUGUUAACAGUCUCAAUCCUCCAUAUACCCAAGAAUCGAGACAAUAUACACAAAUGAAUCAACCCAACAAAGUUCAGUAUGUAGAAAAUCCCAUUUCAAACAUACCACGCAAUUUAGCGUAUCCUGACAAUAAAUUUUCUGAUCCAUCAGUUCCUAAAAUACACAAUUUUAAACCGUAUGACCAUCAGUAUAAUUCUUAUCCCGAAAAUAUUCCAAAUCCACCCCCAGUCCAACAAUACCCUCCAAUCCAAGAACAAGUAAAUGACAAUUCUCCAAAAUCUGUUAUAUCACCAUUCAAACCGGAAAAUCAACCUGCCUUAUAUCAAACCAAUUAUACCAGCUCGUAUCAAGUCAAUCCACAAGAAAACAAUUUACCUCCCCAAGUCAGAGAAGUAAAAAACGACGGAAAUAUAAACCGAAGAUUAAACAAAAAUUCGAGGAAAAAAAGACAAGCUGAUUAUAGAUCACCAGAAGUGAUGGCAUAUCAAUACAAUCCACCGCAGCAAACGUCAAAUUUUGUUAUUGGUGAAGGAGGAAAUCAAAUGAAAUAUGAUCUUGAUGACAAUGCCAUAAAAAAAAUCGUAAAUUUGUUUAAUAAAUAUCUUGGCAAUAAUAUCACCACCCAGCAGGAAAUAGAUACUCAUGAAGAUUCAGAUUACAAUGAAAAAGGACGAAGUAAUUUAUUGAACGGCCUUCAGGAAAAGUUGGACCAAUUAAAAAUGCAGUUAGAAUUACAAAAACACGAUGAUAAUCCUUUUAGCUAUAAGGUAGAGAGCAAAAGUACCAGUUUGCACCAGGAUAUAUUUACAAAGAUUGUAGUAAAAAUUCUAGACAAACUUAUAGCAGUAACCCCUACAGUAUUGUCUAAGUUAUUUGGUAACUUAGUAACUGAUAUUGGUGCCACCAGUGAUUAUUACAGUCCACUACAAAACAUAUUCAAAAAUCUUGGCGUUGCUGGGUACUUCCCAUUAAUCUUAAUAAAAAUAUUAGAAACAACAGGAACUGUCAUUCAAUACAUGAAGAAAAAUAGUUUUGUAAGAAACUUCCUUGUUCCAGGAAUUUCGUUAGCUUUAGUUGCAGGGGCUGUUUUAUUUGUUAUUUAUUUCUAUCAAGAUAACCAGUAUAAUACUGAACUAAGUGAUAAUAAUUAUGAUUCCAGUAUGUAUGAUAUCCCUUACAAAAGUCACAAAAACUACCGUAAUACCUUGGAGCCAAGGGAAAUGCAAUACUUGCCGCCCAUGCCAUACAUCUCAGAUAGAUUUAUUCAAAAUGACAUUGGUGCACCAAACAUCAAUAAUCUAAUACCAUAUUCAAGAAGCUAUUAUGAUUACUUUAAUAGAAAACGUGUAGACAAUGUAAAUAGUAUCUAAUAAAAAACACCUAAAA